CUGAGGCCCUGAUAGUAUACGAACUUUGACUCUAGUAAACAGAAUAAACUUUUUUUGGGAGCAUUCGGAAGAGGGGUGGACCCGUAAAUUUGCUCCCGCUCAGACGCGCAAUGCCGCUUACCCGCUGACCGCUAUUUGCCCCGAGUAUCGCUUACUUAUCUCCUACUGUUUGAUUUGUUUCGAAAUCAAUUCUACAAAUUUUCAAAUUCAAGUCACUGUUACCUGUUUAAUCCGAUUCAAUAUCUUGCUCAAAUAUCGAAUUAGACAUAUAUACAAACAAACAUGGCAUCAUCAGGUACCAUGAACAAGAUCGAGAGAGCACACCUGAUGUACAGAGAAGGCAAAUACGCGGAAGCCCUGGGUUUUUAUACAGACGCGCUUUCUUUGACCAAGACCAAGUCCCAAAAGAUCGCUCUCCACAGCAAUCGCGCUGCUUGUUUCCUCAAACUUCACGAUUUCAAAAAGGCAGCGGAUGAAUGUACAUUGGUGCUUGAACUAGAUCAGAAACACACAGGUGCGCUGAUGUUGCGCGCUCAAACCUUAGUCACCCUCAAGGAGUACCAUUCAGCACUUUUCGAUGUCAAUAGGCUGAUUGAGUUGAAUCCAUCAUCAGAAAUGUAUCAAAAUCUUCAUUCCCGUUUGAAGACACAACUGGUAGUUAUUUUGCUUUUUUGUUGCGUUUCCUUUUUAUAUUUGUUUUUAACUUUUUUACCAGCUCCCGUCUAUGUCUCUGCAUAUGGCUUAACUGUAUAUUAGCCUGUGUUUUUUCAACAAUGUAUUUGUUUGUUUUCAUUUACUUUAACAAAAUGUCAUAAUUAAAGCAUUCGUCCUUGCUAUCUUUGGGGGAAUCAACCACUA